AUGCUUCGUUCUAUUUCAAAUUCUCUCAAUCCUCUAUUCGGAAGUCCAAGAAAAUCGACAGUUGAACAUCGUUUUGAGGGAGAGAAAGAUCAGGAAUUUACCAUGUCUUCACCAAAUGAUAUUACUCUUGCUGAGUUCAACCAAACGUUAGAAAGAUAUCCUGCUCUACUCAAUAAAUAUGCAAAAGACACAAAAGAAGGUGUUACUCCACUUCAAGAGCUCGAUAGAUUCAGAUAUGUUGAGGCGCCAGCAAAGUUUAAGGAUGGUUCAAACACUUUCUCUAUUGAAGAUAUCACGAAGUUGGUUGAUUGGAAACUUCGACAUGGUGCCUACCGUCCAGGUUUCUUGAAGAAGGUUAGCAAGAACUCGGAUGAGCUUGUCGAGGCUGCUACCAAGGAUGCUUUCGACUACUACAAGACCAAUCCAACAGAUAUUGGCGUUGUCAUCAACAAACUCAAGGAUCCAUUGAUGGGAAUUGGACCGGCUACUGCCUCCCUCAUCCUCUCUGUUCGUUAUCCCGAUCAUGUGACAUUUUUCAGCGAUGAAUGCUUCAAAUGGCUCGUCAAUGAUGGAGAACAUAAACCAACACCAAAGUACAACGUUGCCGAGUUUGAGAAAAUCCACGCCGCAGCUAAAUCCUUGGCCACUCGUCUCCGUGUCAACCCUCUUCAAAUUGAGAAGGUUGCUUUCGUCAUUAUCAAGGAAACCGAGCCAGUUCUCGUCCCAAGGGAGAAGCCCGCUCCCAGUGGCCGUGGCCGAGGUCGUCCAGCCAAACCUGAUAGUGAAAAAAAAAUCAAGGUUCCUUCCGGGCGUGGACGUGGCCGACCUUCCAGUGGUAUCGUCAAGCCUAAACCUACGCCAAGAGUUCCAAACCCUCCCAAGGAGCCAAAAGCCCCAAAAGAACCUAAGCCCGCCAAAGAACCUAAAGCACCAAAAGAGCCCAAGCCUGCCAAAGAACCCAAAGCUGCUAAAGAACCCAAAGCUGCUAAGACCCCUAAGUCUCCAAAGGCAGGGGCUGUCGUUGAGAAGAAAAUUCCAGGAAAGAGAGGAAGACCCGCAAAAGUGCCUGCUGCCGAUGGUGAUGUUGCGGAAAAGCCUGCUGCUACACCAAGCUCGGGUAAGAAGAGAGGAAGACCCGCCAAAGAGCAAACUAGCGAUACUCCAGCAUCUGCUACCCCAGCUAGCAAGAAGAGAAAGUCUGAUGAUGCUGGUACACCAAGCUCUGCUGGUCGUGGUCGCCCCAAGAAGAUCAAGGCUUGA